AUGCCGAAAAGAAGACAUUUUCAUGUUGGAGAUAUUGAAACAUGCGUCCGAUGCACUGCUCACGAGGAAGAGACCAUUGAUCACUUGAUAUUUAAUUGUCCUUUCAGCCAAACUUGUUGGUCAAAGAUUGGUAUCUCAUACAACUCUGGCAUCUCACGAAUUGAGGCCACAAUCAGGGCAAAGGAAAUUUAUUCUGGUAGACUUUUCUUUGAAAUCUUCGCCAUUACUGCUUGGAAUAUUUGGAAGGAGAGAAAUAACUUCAUCUUCAAUCAGAUCAGUCCUUCAUAUAGAGCUUGGCUUGAGAAAACUAAGGCCGAUCUUACCUGGCUUAGAUAUAGAGUGUCCUCUGAUCUCAGUGAGUAUAGCACUUCUUUUGUAAAUUCACUUUAG